CUCGCAUCGCUGUUCAACGCGUCUUCGCCUAAAUAAAUAUGGUAAAACAUGGCAGACAACAUUAGAAAAAGGAACGAGUUAUAAUUUCUAAUAGUAGUUUCAUGUCCUGAAACCUUCCAUUAACACUCUCUUAACUAGUUGCAUCCACUUGUAUUUAUUUCGAAGGAUAAUGCAUUAGUACUUCCCUCAUCUAACAACUAAGACCUAGGUAACUUCAGCGAUUCUAUUUUUUGGUCAAAGUUAGAGUAGAAUAAGAAGUUACUGCAAUAAAAAUGGACCGCCCCCUUCUUGAUAGCUCUUGCUGUUGUUCCAGCAUAGAUCAAUAUCAUUGUUCGCUGCUCGUCGCCGCCAACGUCACAGGUCCGAUAAGGCUGCUGUGGAUGCAGCAGGGCCCUGUUGCUUCCUCUCUCUCCGCGUCCGACUCUCGAUGUGUGUCGCCGCUCCCGCUUGUAUUUAUGUAUGUACAUGGGUGUCGUACUGCUGACGGCUGCCGGCUGGCUGGUGCCUGCUUUCGCUGCUACGAGGGGUAGCAGCAGCGCAGUGACUGGAACAGCACCGCCACUACGGCCGCUAUCAUUUCUAUUUCGAGCAGAAGAAUAGUAGAAGCGGCGGCGUGGCGGCCGCUGCCACUACUCUUCUGCGAGCAUUCGGGCGAACCGAAAAGGGGAGAAGGAAAAGUUUUGGCGGUUAUAGUAGCACUGAUAGCCCUGCACUACUGGGUUGAAUGUUUGCGUGAGCAAUGAUAUCUGUGGCCAGCUCUAGAUCGCUGCUGCUCGUAGCUGUUGCCGUCCGGCGUUGCUGUCAUGUGAGUGUCUAAGCAAGCGCGAACCGUAGAGCGCUCGAAUAAGCACUGAACAAAUAGUAAGGUCGACUGCUUGGACUGGACGGAUGAAGCCACCGAUAGAUCGACGGACGGGCGGACUGGCGGUGGUCAGCAUUGCCGUUCGCUGCCGGCGACGAUGUUGCUAGUCGUUGACUCGGCCACCGUCUCUUCUAUUAACAUCAUCAUUAUUGCCAGCGUCGUCUACAUCAGCAGAAGAGACCGCAACAGCGCCAUCAUUCAUCGACAACAGACGACCAUAUGCCCAUACACAUAAAACAGGCUAAGAUAUAGAAGGCCAGCGAUACAAGGCUGUAACCACACAGUCUGCUUGCUACUGCCGCCGAUAGGCCGCUAAUACUAAUACCAGCAGCAGCAGCAGUAGCAGCAGCAGCACGUAUUCUAAACGUCGAAUUUGAUCUGAUGCUCGCCCCUUAGCGGCUGUUUCUGCUUCGAUUUUUUUUCGUUUUCUCAUUCGAAAAACUCUGCCGCCGUGGUCCAUUCUCGUGCAAACAUUAAACAGUAUUGAUGCUGCUGGUGUAACUGCGUUUCCGGCAAAUGUUGCCGCAUCGGCGACAACGACAACAGCGGAGACAAACGCGACCAUGAAAGGUGUCACUAACGUUUGUAAUUGCUGGGAAUGAGCAACGACGCGCGAUCGAUCCGUAUGCAUUUGGCGUCGCCAAAUGAUGUUCGUCAACACGACAGACGAUAGAAUAACGACAGCAUCCGAGGAACGGGGUGUCGAGCAACAUUUGGGCGAGUACAGCUUCGAUAUUAGUACGGUUGUCUCAGCUGAUCGUCAGCCCGACCUCAGUGCAUAAUUAGCAAUGUGUCUAUAAAAAGAAACAAAAUAUCGCUACAAAGACAUGUGUAAACCCACUGUUCGUUUCACUAUAAGUGUCCGUGCACCUGUGUGCUCUUUAACUACUUCACUUUUGAUACAUUUGUAGAGUCCAAAACGAGGAGAAUAAGGAAAUAGGACGACGACGUUGGCAUAAAAAGUAAGAGAAGCCUCUCAGCGUUAAACUUGUAAAACUUGCCAUCAGUCCUGUUUCUUUUUGGUCGCUGCCAGCAGCUGUAGCAGCAGCAGCAGCUGUGACAGUGAUAUCUACAAGACAAGAGUGGCUUUUUGUGUCUAGGCACAUGUAUAUGUGGUGUGUGAAUGAGCUUCUAAAGUUGAGCAUCAUUCAUAUCUGAGAUCAGUGAUAUAUAUAUAUAUAUAUACUACGAGUGUUAAGGAAUAUUAGCACCACUUCUACUGGCUGUUAUGCUAAAACAACAGCAACUAAUAAGCUCUUAAGAGAAAGACAGGAUAAUUAAUGUGAGUGGAUCAUUGUGAAGACAACAUAGGCCGUCUCAGAAGUAGUCGAAUUUUUAUGCUUCAAGGAGGCCCUGAAACAGUGGCCCUCAGUGGUCGUUGAUGGCCUCUGAGAUGGUCGCAGUGGUGCUGCUGAUGAUGGCGACAUUGGAGUAGUGGUUAUAGCCACUGAACAGCGUAAAACACUUCUGAUUAAAUCAAACGGUCGAACAAUCAACAAGAAGAACCGAGGCAGAAAGACAAAGAAAGCAAAACAUCAUCAUCCGCAACAACAUUAUCACGACUUGUUACGUCAAUACGGACGGCACAACCCCCAACAGAAGCAACGCCAUAUUCGUCGCUGUCCAUUGGACACCCUAACUGACCAUCAAAGUUAAGAGCGUCCUGUUGCAACAUAGUCUUACUGUCAGUUUCGCUGCCGGCAAAGUCAGACACGAAAGAAGACCAAUUUGGUACAGCGUCCGGAUAAUUCAAAGAAAUCCAUAUAUACCUAGAUUUAAGAAAAUGCCACCACCUCCGCCACCUCCACCUCCAAGCGGACCGGCCCCGCCAUCAAUGCCUUCUUUAGGAAGUGCCCCAGUGGGGGUUGUUCCGGAUAGAGGAGCUUUACUAUCACAAAUUCGUAGCGGUACCAAACUGAAAAAAACCGUAACCAAUGAUAGAAGUGCUCCUAUUGUUGGUAAUAAUAAAGCUAACCAUACGACCUUAGGAACAAGUGGUGGAAGCUCAUCUGGAUCAGGAGGAGUCUCAGGGGGAGUGGGAGGCAAUACUGCACCGAUAGGUCUUGGUGGAUUGUUCGCUGGAGGAAUGCCAAAGUUAAAGCCAACAGGUCAGCGAGCAGCUCUUGGUGUUCCUUCUAAUGCAAGUGGCCAAGCAAAAAGGUCAUCGUCGUCUGCAUCUCCUCCAAAGGAGGCGUCACCUCCGCGAGCGCAUUCAGCUGGCCAAGGAAAUGUCCAUGCAAACUUCGCUGCCGCUAUUGCCAGUAAAGCUGCCAAGCUAAACGAGGCAGGAAGCAACCAAACUAGCAGCAGCAAGGUCAUAAAUAGUGGACGAAGUCCAGUGGCCAACGCUAUCGCGGAACAAAGCCCGUCUCCCGAUCGAGAAAGGCCAUCGCCAUCAACCGAAGACUGUUCGACAACGUUUCCCAAAGACGUUUCACCUCCACAACUUUCGCAGCAUAAGCUGCGACCGGGUCCGCCACUACCUUCGAAACCACCAGCGGCCUCGCCGAUGGGAUGUCCCAUCCGACCAGUCCAAAGCAGUUCCUCUGUGUCAAGAACUACUGGGACUCAACGUCCGGCGCAUAAACCGCCUCCGCCUCCAAAGGCCAAUGCUAAGUUUAGCACGCUUGGCCACCCUUCCUCGAAAGGCAAUGUUCGACCGAGCCAAACUCAGCAGCUGACACGAAGACAAAGUCUAGGUGCAAGUGACGCCCAUGGAGCAACAGGAGGCGCACUCAGCGUCAGCAAACCACAAACAGCGCCACCGCCGCCCCCUCCACCUCGAAAUAUAAGCGUACCAAGUAACAUCCAUCAGCUACAUAUCCGGCAGCCACCACCCGUGCCACCUGUACCGCCCGCAAUGGCGCUGGGGCAAAAAAAGCCAUCACCACGAGGAGGUCCUACUCCACUAUUCGGCAUCAAGCCACCUCCUCCGCCUAACAAAACAAACUCACGUUCGCAGCCACAUCUCGUUAGUGUCGGCCUAGGUGGCGUUGGCAACAUUGGCGUUGAGUCGCGUUUUGGAUUUCACAAUAUCAAUGAUUUAUCAGUAGCGUAUGAUCCUACACCGAACAAGCAAUACCCUACCAAGAAAGCGAGGAAGCCCCACCAGCGGAGGGCACCUGCACCCCCGCCGGCAGCGGCUCUCGUUUCGUGAUCUCGCCGUCGACGUCUGGAGUAACGAUAGUUUACAAACGAGAAAAAAUAGAGAGAGCUAGAAGUCAAAGAUAAGACUAGGACCUGUUAAGGCUAGACUGUGUGCAAAAAAGCAACCAGGUAGGGGAGAAUCGCAUUAGCAAUGGAUGUAUUGCUUGUUAUUUCGCCUUAGCAAUAUAGUAUAACUUACUCGCUGGACCACCUUGGAAUACUUUACUCGCUUGUGCUGCGACUGUUGCCAAAGUUAAUUGCGAAUAUAUACAUAUAUAUAUAUACUAUUAUGAUUAGUUUCCACAAAUCCUUGUGAAUAAUACAUAUAUCACUGCAGGUAAGUUCUAUAGGCUGUUUUAAUUUGUCGGGUCAUGACGGUUCUAAAUAUCAUGAUUUUCAAAGACGACUAUAAAACGCCCACAAUCUCUGUUGCUCUCAUCUGUUUCCGGUUUGUUUCUGCUGUCGACCUGCGUAAAGGUAUUGAAGAGGCACUUCAGAGUAGUGGUAUAUCUCUAUUUCUGUAUUAAAGUGUCUGUAGAAGAAAAGCUGCGAAGAGAGAGGUCCUACGGGAGGUGCCAUCAUUUAGUUAGCUUCCUGACUAUUUUCAGCUGUGAUUGAUACUACUAUUCGGGCAGCAGCGAGAUGAUUGACCACUAUGGCGUCACCCUCUUCUUCCAACGUUCUUUCUAUAGGUUGCUAGCGAACGAAGACCAUGUGUUUUAUCGACGUGCGUUGCAUUUGUAGUAGAAACGCUAGGUAUAACUGUAAAAUGGUGUGCUUGGAAAAUUGUUCACGAAGUAAAACCUUCCAUUGGCAUUUUGUGAAGGUUAGAGCUUCAAUAGCAGUACAAAAUGUGGGCAGCGUGGUGAUCGAACCAGAACGAUGACGCAAUGAGAUCAAAAAACGAAAAAUAAACGUGACAUGGUAUGAAAAGGGGUAGGGAUAGUUAUGAGUUUGCAACAAACUACUCUGUGCGUAGAAUUAUGCGUGCUGAACUAGUGCAGUUUCGGGUACGGCUUGUUGCAAACAUUAGGCGAAAUCAAGUGGUAGAUAGUGCCAAUUAUGAACAAGCUUUUCAUGUAUGAAUCAAAUAAAAUAAACAAGUAAAAAAAAUUUCCUGUAGUUAAGCGCUAAACUUAAGCAGGGCUCAAAGCGCGUACGAAGAUGAUGCUCGAAUGCCAUAUCAACAAAAUAGGAAAUGCCGUAGAAUGUUGGAGCUCUACGUUGAUGCUCAUUCUGUCCCCCACGGAACCGGCCACGAUUGAGUAGAUGGUCUCGGUAUAACCAAAUUCACAGGGAAUAUUGAUGUGUAGUACGGCUAUUAUUAACGAACAGAUAGCAGGCAUUUAUGUUAAUUUAUUUAUAUCUAAUAUCUAUAAGGUGAUAUGAGACAACCGCCUUUUGGAAAGUUCUUGAUGGAUUUUGUACAAUAAUACUUAUAAUAAUAAUAAUAAUAAUAAUAAUAAUAAUAAUAAUAAUGCUUUUGCUAUUAAUGCUGUAUCGUUAAAAAAUGUCAUAAAACUUUUAAGGAGAAUGAAUGAUGGAGAUGGUAUAACUUUCUUGAAAGUUGAAAUUUUAUUUAAAAAUAAGUAAUGAAUCCAAGGAAAAAGGCAAGAAAAAAAUGAUGUUCGCUAGCGUUUGCACAAUAUUUCCAUUUGACUUAUUUUCGGUCAUGGCUAUUAAAAGAGAGGAACGUUCAAGGGAUUCAAUAAAAUGGGAAAAUUAAAUGAUAGUAACAGCAAACAAUGGUGGCGAUUAUAAUGAUGAUGAUAAUAAUAAUGCGAAAUGCUCUUUAUAUAAAAUAAAAUAAAUAAAUCAUAAGAA